CCUUGGUGUGGCGCUACUUGUGUAUCGUCGGGCGGAAAUGACGUAACUACAAUAAUUUCGAAAACACAGGCGGGGAAACGGUGGCAGCUAAACUAAGGAUGUAAAUUGCAUGUUCUAUGCAAAUAUGCCGACGGAUCAGGUGUGUUUGGGUCGGAAGCGCCCGGUUCCUUCAUGCCCGAACCCUCUGUUCUUGCAGUGGUUAACAGAGUUGCGUGACAGCGCCAAAGAGAAAGGCCUGAAAACGCAGUACGUGUACCAAAAGGCCAUAAACUCUUUAAAAUAUCCUCUGCCGCUGAAAAACGGGAAAGAGGCGAAGAUCCUGCAGAAUUUCGGUGACGGGAUCUGCAAGAUUUUGGACGAGCGACUGCAGAAGCAUUAUAGGGAACACGGUUCUGAUGCUCCAAUCCAUUUGGCUACUUCUUGCCAGGGGAGCAACGUGGCUUCCUCCAAACAGAUGGAGGAACCCCGAAAGGAGCCUUCGGGAAACUUGAGUGAACCUAUGAAGCGAACACAAAGAGAAGUGAGAAAGGAGAAGGGAACUAAGAAAAAGAGAGAGUAUGUGCCCCAGAAGAGGUCUGGAGGUUACGCUGUACUGCUCACUUUGUAUAGACACGCACAGAUGCCUGGCAGUAAAGGCUUCAUGUUUAGGAAUGAACUACAAACUGAGGCACAACCCUUGUGUGAGAAGUCCUUCACAGUGCCGGAUCUUGGUAGCAAGUACACGGCAUGGUCCUCGGUGAGCACACUCAUUCAGAAAGACCUUCUGGUGAAGACACACAAUCCUGCUAGGUAUUCAUUGACCGAUCAGGGUCUGGCUCUAGCCGAGAGGCUGGAUUCUGAAGAGACGGGGAUGGCUAAAGAACAUGGGGAGCAAAUGAGUGGAGAGGAGGACUCUCGGGAUGGACCAGACGUUGUAGACCUGACUUUAGUGGAGGAUGAGGAGGAGCAGGAAGACAAAGAGAGCUGGUCCAGCAAGACUUCAGAAAGGCUUGCAACAGCUCUUUCUGUAAACCAGGCCACAGGUCACAUCUCUGAAUCAGAUGCCGCAGGAAAAUCUCAGACCCUAGAGACGGGGAGAACAGCAAUGGGUUGGCAUCUUCCACCUGGCUCUUACGACAUUGUGUUGUGUGUCGACGUCAUCGAAACAACAGGGGGAAGCAGUGGGCGCAAACAAGAAUUGGUUAAGGAACUGCAAAGGAAUUGUGUGACCUUUGACAUCAGAAAACUGAAUGUGGGCGAUUUCCUUUGGGUGGCGCGUGAGAAAGUGACACCUGUUCCUGGACAGCUGCGUCCACCUGUGGGGAAAGAGCUGGUACUUGAUUACAUAAUUGAGAGGAAGAGGAUGGAUGAUCUGUGUGGAAGCAUUAUAGAUGGACGCUUCAGAGAGCAAAAGUUUCGACUGAAGAGGUGUGGUCUGCGUAAGCCCAUUUAUCUAGUGGAGGAGUGCGGAUCAGCGGCGGCUCAUCUCAGUAUACCUGAGAGCACAUUACAACAAGCUAUAGUCAAUACACAGGUGGUUGACGGCUUCUUUGUGAAGCGUGUACAGGAUGUGAAAGAGUCUGCUGCUUACCUCACCAUCAUGACCAGAUACCUCCAGAAACUCUACCAUAAUUGCACAUUAUUCUGUCACUCCAGAGAACUGGAGGGCGAUGGAGGAGAUGAGAGUGAGCAAACGGCAAACCUCUCUUGUUCUCUCAUGGCCUUCACAGAAUUUAACUAUGGGGCUAUUAAGAACAAGUGCCAGACAGUGCGGGAAGUAUUUGCACGACAGCUUAUGCAGAUCAGUGGAGUCUCUGGUGAUAAAGCAGCCGCUGUUCUUGAACACUACAGCACAGUCAGCAGUUUAUUGCAAGCAUAUGAUCGGUGCUCCAGUGAAUCAGAAAAAGAGAAGCUGCUUUCAUCCAUCAAAUAUGGAAAACUCAAAAGGAAUCUCGGACCAGCUUUGAGCCGCACUAUAUAUCAGCUUUACUGUACACGUGGACCUCUGUCAUAGGCCUUUGCCUUAUUACAAAUACAAAUGUGUGCAGAACUUCAGUUUAAUCAUUGUAUUUUCAUUUUCAUUCUGAACAUUUGUUGACUCAAAUAAUGUCUAAAGUAAUAAAGAUAUAAAUUACAGUUUUUCUAA